AUGCCGUCAUACCUGAAACCCGGUCAAAGUCAACAUUCUGACGUCCAAGCAAAUCUUGACAGAACUAUCACCAAAUCGAGAUGGAUUGUGGAAUCCUAUCAUGGUCGUCUGAAACACUGGACGUUCUUCCGAACGCAAUUGGUGUCUAACAGCUUUAUCAAUGUCAUCGAGGCUUUGCUUCGAACCGUCACAGCCUGUCUGAAUGGUAUUAGAGGACCGAUCUACCAGAGAUCUCCAGAGAGAGAUGCCAAAGAUAGGCUAAUGGCUGAACGUAUAAAGGACCGUUUGACAACACCGAAUGGUUUAGCUCAGAGAUUCAAGACAGGUCCGAAUGCACAGGACAACGCAGCGGGGUCAUUACUCUCGACCACCCUCCUGGCGUCAGGAAAGGAAAUGUUACGGCUCAAUGUGCUCGAAGAAGCUUUGUUACAUGGAAAUGAGGAUAUGGUGAAAACAUUGCUGGAUCAUGGCGCUAAUCCGUUCAAACCCGAUGCCUUGAAGGUGGCUUCGUCAAGUGGUCACAUAGACAUAGUGAAAUUAUUACUGGAUCGUGGUAUCAAGCCGGAUAACCCCAGUGCCUUGCAGGCGGCUUCGACAAAGGGUCACAUUAACAUUGUAAAAUUAUUACUGGAUCGUGGUACCAAUCCGGAUAAUAAGGGUGCCUUGUAUCAAGCAGCGGCAAAUGGCUAUACCGGGAUCGUACAAUUAUUACUGGAUCAUGGUGCCAAGGCAGAUAGGGAUUAUAGCUUGCGUUGUGCGGCGGGAAAUGGCCAUAUAGAGAUCGUACAAUUAUUACUGGAUCGUGGUGCCAAUGCAGAUGUGCUUAGUGCACAUAUACCUGAAUUUGGAGGACCCAAGAACAAAAAAUCAUCCAGUACAUGUAACAUGUUUGGAAUAGCAAACUUUGUGCAAGCGAUCCACUGCAAUGCUGUACUGACUUUCUCAAAAAUUGAACAGGAAAUUGAGCAUCCCAUGGGUAAACACCUAUCAUAA